AAAAAAAAAGAGCCGUUAAUAUUUUAAGAGCGAGAGAGAGGAACUGAAACUGUAAUAAAGGUCUCAUUUUGUCAUUUCUCAUCCCUUAGAGCCAAAGUUCCUCUCUGUACAAUUUGGCUAGCCUUUUAUUUUUAUUUUCUUGAAAUUCCCCAAAAUUUCUCUCCUUUCGCUCUCCCACUGAGAUCGGCCGUAAUGCUCAAAGGGAUACAUCUCCAUUAAUAGGAGGGACAACAACAAUUCAUGAAGGCCAAACAAUUGAUGAAAUUUCAAAUAACGAGGUUGAUGGAGAUUCCAACACAUGACGGUUCCUUCCUCACUAGAGAAUGUUACAGCAUGAGGAGAUGUGCAUGACAAAGUGCAUGUUACACCAAAGAUGUUCCAUACUCAGCGGCGAGGAGUUGUAUCUUGACAGUCCAAGAUGCAAAAGUGUAUUGCUUUAUCCGUAAAAGAAAUAGACUAUAUCAUAGCUACAAAAGCAAGUAAAAUAUUGUGGAUGCAAAGGUUUAUCAAGGAAGGAUAGAUACGUAAUAUAUGUGCUCGAACAGUCAAAGCGUUAUUAAUAUUAACAAGAAUAGCACGUAACAUUCUUGAACGAAAUGCUGGUUACAAGAUGUAAUGAAAGGGAAGCAGUUGUUGCUGUGGAAGAUCCAUAUUCACAAGAAUCCUGCUGAUAUGAUGAUGAAUGUUAUUUCUAAGAAUAAGAUUGAUCUCUACUUGAAGCUAGCAGUGGUGGACCUCUCUAAAUAGUUGGGAGGGGAGAAUUGUAGUGGUCCCUCCUAUUGAUGGAGGUGUGACCAUACAAGAGAACGUGGGUAUACCCACAUGAAAAAUGAAAUGGAGGGGAUGGUGGUAAAGUCAAUUUUAGGGAACUACAAUACCGGCCUAGAGUGCUGCUUACCUUCUCCAGCGAAGAGACACUUUGGUUUUGUGCCUAUAAAUGUUCUUCGUUUCCUCCGGUUGAAGGCAGAACAACAACAUUCAACCCAAGCCAUAGAGACCUGAGUUAGGGAGAGAGAAAAAAAAAGAGAAGAGAGUAUUUUCACCUGUCUUUUGUGUUCCUUCUCACGUGUAGAACAAGUCUUCUUUCCUUUCCUAUUUGUUAUGAGUGUACCUCUAAAGUGUCUAGGGAUGCAAGUAUCUAAGGAAGAAAUUUUGCAUACUUAUUAUUUUGAUAUUGGAGAUUUUUCUAGGCUAGGUCCAACGGUUUUUACCUUCAGCUAAAGGGUUUUCCAUGUUAAAUGUAUUGGUGUCUGCUGAGAGUUUCCUUUGGUCAUUUGUUUUUCUUUUUAAAUUAAUCCAUUUUAUUAUAGAGGAGAAUGGAUGAGUAGGAUUCAUAUAUCUAUACCCAAAAAGUUUGGUUAAAAGUUAGACACUCAUGGGGCAAAAGAUGGAGAUCCAAUGGAUAUCAGCAAUGAUGGAGAAUAUGGUGUUGAUGCAAGCUUGAUUGGAUCUGCCUUCUACUAUUCGAUGCUUGUUCUAGAUGACUGAUCAAUACACCUCGUUUCACUGUGAAAAUACUAAGCUAAGUACCUCUGAAAGCAUAAUGUCAACGUCAGCAGAGAACUCACGAAAUUCUAAAGAGAAAAUAGCCACAAAUGAUACCAUAAUGGCAUCAGUUGGUGCUAAGAGGCAGCAUCCUGAUUCCUCAUUGAGCUCAUCAAGCCAUCAAUCUCAUGUUAACAGAGGAGUAAAUGGUCAUCUUGUAUAUGUAAGGAGGAAACUGUCACAAAAUGUGGAUUCUUCUAGUUCCUUAUUGUCAAUGAAACUUGACAAUGAAUUAAAACAUGAGCUCAAAGUGCAGCAGGACAAAGCUCAAGAGUGCAAUAACGAGAUAGUGGAUACAAGAGGACCAAGUAAUCUAGACUGCAAAGCUCCCGAUGAUCCCAAGAGGCAAAGCAAUCAAGACCCAAGUCCUCCGAUUGUUCCACUUGAUACCCAGGAACUCGUGAAUGAUGCAAAUGCUCCAGUUAAUCACCAAAUUGCUCCAAUUGAUCCUCAAAGAGCAAGAUAUCAGAACUCCAAAUCUCCAGCUGAUCUUCAGAGCAACCAACACAGUGAAAAGACAAUUGAUCCUCAGAGAGUGAGCAAUCAAUAUUGCAAUGCUCGAGUUUGUCCUCAGGGACCAAGCAAUCAACACUCCAAAACUCCUCCAGUUGAUCCUCAAAGAUCAAGGACUCAAGACUGGAAACAAAGGUAUAUUCAGCUUCAAGCAUUCUUGAAGAACUGUGAACAGUCAAGUUUAGAGGAUUAUAAACAGAUGUUUCGGCCUAACUGCUGUUGAUCAUAGUAGAUGUGCUCUUGAGCUGGAGAAAAGAGCAUUAAAUCUCUUACUUGAGGAAGGCAAAGAGCUGCAUCGAAUGCAAGUUCUGAACAUUGUAGGUAAAGCAAAGUUGCAGGAUCAUUCUUCAGAAUCUUCACCCGCAACUCAAAUCUUUGCUGCACAAUCUCAGUUCCAAAGAAUGGAAUCAAUGCAUAGUCACAAGUCACCGUUUUUAAGCAAUGUAUUUUGAUUUAGGCCCCUUAUUUGGAUGACUACCUUGUCAUUCUAUUAUAAACUUUUCAUGGUAAUGUAAAGAGUUUUGCUUGGCUAUCUUUGUAGAAAGGAUUGCUACUGUAGUAUAUUUAGUUAUUCUUGAAGAGGGCAUAUCUCACUUGAAUUAAAGAGAGGUGGAGACAAUAAUUGUAACUUCUGUUGUGCUACUGAAUGUCGUAAAAUUUCAAUGCAAUAGGUAGCCUUUGAGCAUUGUGUUAUA